GCGCAUCUCAAAGCACCUCUACUGAACAUUCAACGAUGACCUCCAAGUACAGGCUCACUAUCUUCGUCUCCGAAGACACUUUCCCCGCACUCAAGAAGGCUGGAUAUAGACUUUGCAUCGCAAAAGAAGUUAACGGCAAAUACGAUGUCGCCUUCCAAACUGUAAAGGAUAUCGUGUACCAGAGCGACUUUGAGUUCGAGGAGCGCUUUCGAGUCUUCGGGACAAGGAAGUUUGAAGUGGGUGAAACCGCACAGCCCUUCACCAGAAAAGUGCCCCUUUUGUCAGGUCAGGAGCUUACCUUGGACGUUGACGGCGUUUUCAGCCCUGCGUCUGGACCUGUGGAUCCGUCAAAGCCAUUCAUGGUCAACAACCAGUAUGCCUACCCCCUCCAUUUCGGUGUCGACGCGGUUGUAGAUAACGAUUACAACACUGCCUUCGUCCAUGAGAUGGCGGUCUUGUCUGGAGAGAUCUUCAUGGCGCCCAAAAAGAAGCUCUUGAUCUGGUUUGAUAAGGGGCUCGAGACUGGUAUGAUGUUUAACCACACCGUCUCGAAUUGCCUACAGCUCGACUUUACGGAAACAAACGACCUCACCAUCAGCUACGCCGCGCCUAGUAAAACUGCACCUGAGAAAGGCAUAUGGUCAUUCGGACCUCUCCCGGUGUUAGGACAGACAUACCACCCCGAGACGAACACGUUCUCUUUGACUCCAGCUAUCCUACCUUCUGAGGAUGAGCUCAGGCGACUGGGUGAACUGUUGCGACUUGAGCCCCCCACCCAUAGCAAACGUCAGCUUGCAAUUACAGCUAACGGGAAUGCUUAAGGGAAAGGAGGCCGCGAGCAAAGAGUUGGUUAUUGCUUGCAAAACAACGGAUUUAAGACGGCAUUGGAUUACUCGCACAGGACGCCUCACGGUUUACUCGACUCGGCUCGAUUUAUUUCUCUCGACAAGGUAUAUACAUCAUACGACAUGGUUUGACUGCGGAUAAUGGAGGAUCGGGGACGACCAGGAUGGCGACCAACUCAUUCCAAUUGGGCGUCGUUAUGGUGCGAAUCGAU